AUGGAAGCCGAUACAGCCACUGCGGCUGCAGAUGCCGAAGACAAACAGGCAGAUGAUGAAGCAAAGAAGCGGCACGAGCAAGAACGUCUCCGGCAUGAACUUGAGCGGAGGGAGCAGGAGGAGAAGCUGGAGCAGUUGAGGAAGAAACGAGAAGCAGAGGAGCAACGGCGAUGA